GCGGCGGACGGGCGGGCGCUUUGCGGUUUGAAUGGCUACCGGCCCGGUCCCACAGCUCACCUGAGGACUAGCAUCUCAGGGGUGCGCUAUGCCGUCGGGAAGCGACCAGUCGCCGCCGCCCCCGCCUGUGCCCCCGGCGGCUGCGGCCUCCGAUGAGGAGGAGGACGAGGACGGCGAGGCGGAGGACACCGCGCAGUCGGCCGGGUCGCCGACCCCGCAGAUCCAGCAGCGGUUCGACGAGCUGUGCAGCCGCCUCAACAUGGACGAGGCGGCGCGGGCCGAGGCCUGGGACAGCUACCGGAGCAUGAGCGAGAGCUACACCUUGGAGGGAAAUGAUCUUCACUGGUUAGCUUGUGCCUUAUAUGUGGCUUGCAGAAAAUCUGUUCCAACUGUAAGCAAAGGGACAGUUGAAGGAAACUAUGUAUCUUUAACUAGAAUCCUGCGAUGUUCAGAGCAGAGCCUAAUAGAAUUUUUUAACAAGAUGAAGAAGUGGGAAGACAUGGCAAAUCUACCACCACACUUCAGAGAACGUACUGAGAGAUUAGAAAGGAACUUCACUGUUUCUGCGGUAAUUUUUAAGAAAUAUGAACCCAUUUUUCAGGACAUUUUUAAAUAUCCUCAAGAGGAGCAACCUCGUCAACAAAGAGGAAGAAAACAGCGGCGACAGCCCUGUACGGUGUCUGAAAUUUUCCAUUUUUGUUGGGUGCUUUUUAUAUAUGCAAAAGGUAAUUUCCCCAUGAUUAGUGAUGAUUUGGUCAAUUCUUACCAUCUUCUGUUAUGUGCUUUGGACUUAGUUUAUGGCAAUGCCCUUCAGUGUUCCCAUCGUAAAGAACUUGUGAACCCAAAUUUUAAAGGCUUAUCUGAAGAUUUUCAUGCUAAGGAUUAUAAACCUUCCUCUGACCCACCUUGUGUCAUUGAGAAACUCUGUUCCUUACAUGAUGGCCUGGUUUUGGAAGCAAAGGGAAUAAAGGAACAUUUUUGGAAGCCUUAUAUUAGGAAACUUUAUGAAAAAAAGCUACUUAAGGGAAAAGAAGAAAAUCUUACUGGGUUUUUAGACCCUGGGAAUUUUGGCGAGAGCUUUAAAGCCAUCAAUAAAGCCUAUGAGGAGUAUGUUCUAUCUGUUGGGAAUUUAGAUGAACGUGUAUUUCUUGGAGAGGAUGCUGAGGAGGAAAUUGGAACUCUCUCGAGGUGUCUGAACACUGGUUCAGGAACAGAGACUGCUGAAAGGGUGCAGAUGAAAAACAUAUUACAGCAACAUUUUGACAAGUCCAAAGCACUUAGAAUCUCCACACCACUUACUGGUGUGAGAUACAUUAAGGAGAACAGUCCUUGUGUGACCCCAGUUUCUACAGCAACACACAGCUUGAGUCGUCUGCAUACGAUGCUGACAGGCCUCAAGAAUGCACCAAGUGAGAAACUGGAACAGAUUCUGAGGACAUGUUCCAGAGAUCCAACCCAGGCUAUUGCUAACAGGUUGAAAGAAAUGUAUGAAAUGUAUUCUCAGCAUUCCCAGCCAGAUGAGGACUUUAAUAAUUGUGCUAAAGAAACGGCCAGCAAACAUUUUCGUUUUGCAGAAAUGCUUUACUAUAAAGUAUUAGAAUCUGUUAUUGAACAAGAACAAAAAAGACUGGGAGACAUGGAUUUAUCUGGUAUUCUGGAACAAGAUGCAUUCCACAGAUCACUCUUGGCCUGCUGCCUUGAGGUCGUCACUUUUUCUUAUAAGCCUCCUGGGAAUUUUCCAUUUAUUACUGAAAUAUUUGAUGUGCCACUUUAUCAUUUUUAUAAGGUGAUAGAAGUAUUCAUUAGAGCAGAAGAUGGCCUCUGUAGAGAAGUGGUGAAACACCUUAAUCAGAUUGAAGAACAAAUCUUAGAUCAUUUGGCGUGGAAAUCAGACUCCCCACUCUGGGAUAGAAUUAGAGACAAUGAAAACAGAGUUCCUGCAUGUGAAGAGGUCAUGCCACCACAGAAUCUGGAAAGAGCUGAUGAAAUUUGUAUUACUGGUUCCCCUUUGACUCCCAGAAGGGUGAGUGAAGUUCGUGCUGAUACUGCAGGACUUGGAAGAAGCAUAACCUCUCCAACUACAUUAUAUGACCGGUACAGCUCCCCAACAGCCAGCACUACCAGAAGGCGGCUAUUUGUUGACAAUGACAGCCCCUCUGAUGGAGGGACACCUGGGCGCAUUCCUCCACAGCCCCUCGUCAAUGCCGUCCCCAUGCAAAAUGUAUCUGGGGAGCCGGUUUCUGUCACACCAGUUCCUGGACAGACCUUGGUCACCAUGGCAACAGCCACCGUCACAGCCAACAAUGGACAAACAGUGACCAUUCCUGUACAAGGUAUUGCCAAUGAAAAUGGAGGGAUAACAUUCUUCCCAGUCCAAGUCAAUGUUGGGGGACAGGCACAAACUGUGGCUGGCUCUCUCCAGCCUCUCAGUGCUCAGGCCCUGGCCGGAAGUCUGAACUCUCACCAGGUGACAGGAACAACUUUGCAAGUUCCUGGCCAGGUGGCCAUUCAGCAAAUUUCCCCAGGUGGACAACCCCCGAAACAAGGCCAGCCUUUAACCAGCAGCAAUAUUAGACCCAGGAAGACCAGUUCUUUAUCACUUUUCUUUAGAAAGGUUUAUCAUUUAGCAGGUGUCCGCCUUCGAGAUCUUUGUGCUAAACUAGAUAUUUCAGAUGAACUGAGGAAAAAAAUCUGGACCUGCUUUGAAUUCUCCAUAAUUCAAUGUCCUGAACUUAUGAUGGACAGACAUCUGGACCAGCUGUUAAUGUGCGCCAUUUAUGUGAUGGCCAAGGUGACAAAAGACGACAGGUCCUUCCAGAAUAUCAUGCGUUGUUACAGGACUCAGCCACAGGCUCGGAGCCAGGUAUAUAGAAGUGUUUUGAUAAAAGGGAAAAGAAAAAGAAGAAAUUCUGGCAGCAGUGAUAGCAGAAGCCAUCAGAAUUCCCCAACAGAGCUGAACAGAGACAGAACCAGCAGAGACUCGAGUCCUGUCAUGAGGUCAAGCAGCACACUGCCUGUCCCACAGCCUAGCAGUGCUCCCCCUACACCCACCCGCCUCACCGGCGCCAACAGUGACAUGGAAGAGGAGGAGAGGGGAGACCUCAUCCAGUUCUACAACAACGUCUACAUAAAGCAGAUUAAAACAUUUGCCAUGAAAUAUUCACAGGCAAACGUGAUGGAUGCGCCUCCACUGUCUCCCUACCCAUUUGUAAGAACAGGCUCUCCUCGCCGAAUACAGUUGUCUCAAAAUCAUCCUGUCUACAUUUCCCCACAUAAAAAUGAAACGAUGCUUACUCCUCGAGAAAAGAUUUUCUACUACUUCAGCAACAGCCCAUCAAAGAGACUGAGAGAAAUUAACAGUAUGAUACGAACAGGAGAAACUCCAACUAAAAAGAGAGGUAUUCUUCUGGAAGAUGGAAGUGAAUCACCUGCAAAACGAAUUUGCCCAGAAAAUCAUUCUGCCUUAUUACGCCGUCUCCAAGAUGUAGCUAACGACCGAGGUUCCCACUGAGGUCAGUCUCUUGUAUUUAAACUGUCUCUGCACAAACCUGAGGUAGUAGCAUCAUUUAAUGCAUGCUACUUUAUGGACCCCCUUUCCUUAACCCAGCCAGUCAGCUGGAACCUGUUAGAAACAUGAGGAGUGGACUUAAUCCCUCUGGUAGCCUUAGGAGAUUCUUAUUCAUUUCACCUGUUCCCUACCAUUCAGCACUCACCAUUAUCACUGCUUAGAAUCCAAAGUUGGAUUCUUCACCCUUUGGCAAAGCUUUUAUGAGCACUGCCGGGGAGUAAAGUCUGCUCAAAUCUGAGCAUGAGAGGCGUCUGAUGACAGCUCUGGCAGAGGAACUCUGCAGUUCAUUCCAGCCUGUUGCUGGUCAGCUCUAGUCCUCCUGAAAUAGAAAAAAAGGAGACUGCCCAGGUCUGGAGGGCCUAGGCCACCAGCCGAAGGCUCUUGUCCCCUGUGCACUUCUUCCCUUGUCCCAUGAGGCGUGGUGCGGUGUGAAAAGCGCUUGUUCAGUUGUGCAAUGUCUGAGUGGCGGCACUUUAGGGCUGUAAAAUGCAUGAUUUUGUACCCCUUAUUUUGCUGUAUAUUUGUGAUGGCACUUUCUACAAUGUGAACUUUAUUAAGUACAAAACUUUUAGACUAAACAUUCAAUAUUUUCCUUUAUGCUUUUGUACUUUUUUAAAACUGUUAAAGCCCCACUAGCCACCUUUUGGGCAUGUGUUUUAAAUUCUCCAGUUUUUUGUUGUUAUGUAGGGAUGAGAUGGCUGAGUGAAGAUUUUUAAAUCAAGUUAGACUGAGGAAAGUAAUAUGAAAAAUUAUGACCUCUUCCUUUGGGAGGUAGUUAUCCAAAAGAUGUGUCUGUUAAGGUGAUAUAUUUCAAAGUGUCUUUGGGCAUGUCCCUAGCAGUUUAAAAAAACUGAUUGGAGAAUUUCAGUUUUUAUUAUUACACAGUACCAUUUAUACAAAUUAGAAAAUGUUAUUUAACAGCUAUUGAAUUAUCUGUAUAUAUCUUUAUUAAUCACUAUUGUUCCAGCAGUUUUAAAGUUGAAUUAAUAAUCUUAUUAGGGAAAAAAUUCAAUUGUAAAUUGAAUCGGUAUAAAACAAAGUUACUAGGUAACUUCAUAAUGCUCUAAAGGAAAUACGGAACUCCCACUAUUCAGUUAGAAUAGUGUUCUACAAAAAUAUUUAUAAAACCUCUCAACGUACUUACUGCUACUGUAAUUUUAUAUGAAAAUAACUAUUUUUCAAUAAAGCAUUUAUAAAUUA